AUGCCACGUCUGUUAGGCGAUUGUUACGUUGCAUCUGUCGGCGAACAGGCAAGACAGUGUCGUCAGUUUAUCGGUUGCAGACACGGCGCAUAUGUCUGCUCUCGAAGAUAUCAGGAUAAUUUGGGGGGUGGAGGACCGAGCGUAAUCGCUCUCGUCCUUGUGAACUACGCCGUUCAUCCUACCUAUUCGUGGAGGGACCACAUCUCCAAACAGCACCUUUCAUUUCUUAGGAGUCGAGCUACUAUGAAAUACUUCACGUCUAGACUUAUUUAUCAUGGGAGGAUAAAAACAGUGACUUGA